AUGUCUACAUACAUGCUUGUGUAUGGGAAAGAAGCAAGGUUGCCUAUUUUACUUGAGUUUCCAGCCCUUGAUCUAUCUAACCAGCUGGAUAUGAUUGAAGAAGAGCCUAUGUCAACAAGGUUGGCUCAGCUGAUUGAGCUAGAGGAAGUUAGAAAUGAGGCAAUGAGGCAAAUUGAGCAUCACCAAGCUCAAAUGAAAAGAUAUUUUGAUAAGAGGGCUUCUCCUAGAGUGUUCAAGGAAGGUGACAUUGUUCUUAAACAGGAUGAAUUCAAGAGCAGGCCAGGCAAGCAUACAAAGUUUGAUGCUUUUUGGAGUGGGCCUUAUAUGAUUUUUGAGUGUAAGUAG